GCCGUCGUCAACCAACGAAGACGUAGAAGGCCCUCAAAGCCGCGCCCACCAGCGCACCCCUCCCCUUUAGGCCUAGAAGCGUAAUCUGCAUGGUUCCGCCACAGAUCCCAUGGAGGCAAGGGCCGUCAGGGAGGACUUUCGCUCGUCUGGAUAAACACUGUCCAUCCUGCACCUUUGUUUUCCCAGCGCCAUUCUCGGGUGCCCCAAGGAUGUCCGGGCCGUCGAGCCCUUCGGCUGACGAUUACAGAGACCCACGAGUAACUCCCAUUUCCGAGGCCCGCCUCUUACUUUAGGAACAGAGUCUUAUAGGCUGAGCAGACUGCGCGCCACACUCCGAUUGGACACAAACACUGCUACUCAAGCAUCCGCUCCAACCCACCGAAUCUUACCCCAUUCCAGCCUUUUUUGGCAGAUAAAGAGUGAAACUACCUGUUCCCAGCCUCACUUGUGGGGCCAUUUUUGGACCGGCUGUAUCCAUAACAGGCUGUAAAAGUCCUCAUGUGAGGACAGAGACCCCUUCAGUGGGUCCAGGGAGAUAUCAUCAGCCGAUGCCAAGUAGGAUACGUUUUGGACUGGGCUGGCGGAAGGCAACGGACUCCUCCGGAUUGGGCCAGAGGCAGAAAGGCCCGCCCUCUAUACGCCAGGAUUGGCUGAACGGGCCGCACCCCCCUGACGCCGGCAGGCACAGCGAGAGACGUGGGCAGCUCCCGCCCUGCUUCGGUGCUGCAGCCGGUUCCUUGGGACAGUACAGAAGUCCUGUCCUGGGUUCCAGACUUGAUCCGAAGUAGAUCCUGGAGAGGCGCGCGCCAUCGUAACGGGAUGUGCAGAUGGAGGCCGGCGGAGACGCUGCUGCCCCGGCUCCCGGGGGCGCGCAGGACUUGGAGGACACGCAGGACUUGGAGGGCACGCAGUUCCCAGGCGAGGAGGCUGGAGAUCGUGGAGUUCGGUCGGGCCCGCCGGAUCCCGGAGACGCGGACCCGGAGGAAACAGGAUCUGAAGGCAAGGAUGAGCCUCCCAGCCGCCUGUCACCACUGCCCCAGGCAGAGGUCCCCUCAAGCACCCGUGAACACUGGAGUUCUGCAGCCUCAGACAGUAGUCCCGUUCAUGGUCCAGAGAGUGGCUCUGGGGGCCAGGCCGGGGACCCCAGUGACGAGGACUGGCGCAACCAGAGGAAGCACGUGUUCGUGCUGAGCGAGGCUGGCAAGCCCAUCUACUCGCGGUACGGUAGCGUGGAGGCAUUGUCAGCUACCAUGGGUGUGAUGACAGCCCUGGUGUCCUUCGUGCAGAGCGCAGGCGAUAACAUCCGCGCCAUCUAUGCCGAGGACCACAAGCUGGUGUUCCUACAGCAGGGCCCCCUGCUUCUGGUGGCCAUGUCACGGACUCCUCAAUCAGCAGCCCAGCUCCGAGGGGAGCUACUAGCCGUGCACGCACAGAUUGUGAGCACACUGACGCGUGCAAGCGUGGCCCGCAUCUUCGCACACAAGCAGAACUACGACCUCCGCCGCCUGCUGGCUGGCUCAGAGCGCACGCUGGACCGGCUUCUGGACAACGUGGAGCGAGACCCUGGAGCCUUGCUCCUGGGCGCCGUGCGCUGCGUGCCGCUUGCCCGCCCGCUGCGGGAAGCACUAGGCACGCUGCUGCGGCGCUGCACAGCACCUGGCCUGGCACUGUCCGUGCUGGCAGUCGGUGGCCGACUGAUAACAGCAGCCCAGGAACGGAACGUGCUGGCCGAGUGCCGGCUGGACCCGGCUGACCUGCAGCUGUUGCUCGACUGGGUGGGGGCACCAGCCUUUGCAGCGGGUGAGGCGUGGGCACCUGUGUGCCUGCCCCGCUUCAACCCCGAUGGUUUCUUCUACGCUUAUGUUGCCCGCCUGGACUCCAUGCCUGUCUGCCUGCUGCUGCUUGGCACCCAACGCGAAGCCUUUCAUGCCAUGGCCGCCUGCCGGCGCCUGGUGGAAGAUGGGAUGCGCACUCUCGGCGCCCUGCGUGCCCUUGGGGAGGCUGCCAACUUCUCCAGUGCCCAGGCGGCCAGCGCCCCUGCCUACAGCGUGCAGGCUGUGGGGGCACCUGGCCUCCGGCACUUCCUCUAUAAGCCACUGGACAUCCCUGACCAUCAUCGCCAGCUGCCCCAGUUUACCAGCCCUGAGCUAGAAGCCCCAUACAGUAGAGAGGAGGAGCGGCAGCGGCUGUCGGACCUGUACCACCGCCUGCACGCUCGCCUGCACAGCGCCUCCAGACCGCUGCGCCUCAUUUACCACGUGGCUGAGAAGGAGACGCUGCUGGCCUGGGUGACCUCCAAAUUCGAGCUCUAUACCUGCCUCAGCCCCCUGGUGACCAAAGCAGGUGCCAUUUUGGUAGUGACCAAACUCCUGCGCUGGGUGAAGAAAGAGGAGGACCGACUCUUCAUCCGUUGCCCACCCAAGUACUCCACACCCCCAGCCACCUCUGCGGACCAGGCUCCCCACAAUGGCUUGUUCACUGGACUCUGAAUGGUAGAGCUCAGACUGCUGGGAGUGACCCCCUUGGCUUCUGCCUUCUGUCUCCACACCAAAAACGUGGGCAUCUGUCAGUGGCUGGUACCUGUCUCCCUGAGCAGUUGGGCAGCAUAUGAAAGCUGCCCAAAAUGGGAGAUGGCUGGCGGCAGCCAGGGGCACAGUGUGCCCUUCUAGUCCCAUCAUGCACCACCACCUCUAGAGAAAGUCCUAGGUCUCCUCCCUCUGCCUCACCUCCUCACUGUGGAUGAUGAUCCAGCCUCCGUCAGGGGCAGCCCCUCUAAACCUGCUUCAAAGUCUCUUUCCCGUUGGACCGAGCCCUGAAUGUGCAGGGCUGGCCAGGUGUCGGGUGAAUUGGGAACGUGGGUCAACCUGUGCCCCAAACCAGCCUGAAGGUAUUUAGAAAAAGGAAAUCUACAUAAAAAGCCUAAAACGAAGCCCCACAAGAAUAUUCCUUUAUUCUUUAUCUAAACUCUGCCAAAAAACGAGCCCUUUUAAUGAUGGCUACUUCUGGUAUUAAUGAGAAAGUGGCCUCCAGUAGCCACCUGUGUAAUGCAGGAUCUGCGCUACCUAAGUUCUCGCACACUGGCUGAGAAAGGAGGUGUAAUUUGCUUCUAAAGCUCAUCUUAUUUAUCCAUCAAACAAGUAACUCACAUGGGCUCUUUAAUGAAGAUUUACGAACUAGAAAGGGAUUCAAACUCAUGUACCACUACAUAUCAUAUGCACAUGUCCCCCAGGCCCUGGCAACCUGCAACAACACAAGCAAUCUAUAUAAAGGAGAGAUCUCCUGAGAGUUUGCAUGUGUGUACAACCUCAUUCCCCAACUGCCCAGUAACCUGGUACUGCUCGUGUUCGUCUAAAACCAGUUAUGGCCUGGUGGGUAUACGCAUGUAUGCUGGGGGUAGCUGGGUGCGGGAGGGAGCGCAGAUAUUCUGCGCAUGCUCAGUAGAUAGGCAAUUCCCAAGCUUGGUGAACUAAUGGUAUGACGUUGUUUAGUGCGCAUGCGCACUCGUCUGGGUGAGUUUUUUUUUUUUUUCUUUUUUUUUUAAACCAAUCAUCGUCCAAGACGCUACAGGAAGACUCGCGUUGGAAAAUGGCGGAGAACGUGGAGCGUUUGACGGAGGAGUCAUCAGAAGCCAUGGAGGACGGUGAAGGUAGCGAGGGCUGGUGGUCAGCCUUCUUUCCCACCAGGGACUGAAGGGAGGGAGGAUUCGACCAUUACAAUAACACGACGAUGACAGCAGUAGCUUUUUGAAAAAGAAGUAAAAUUUUAAGCCUUUUAUUAUCGAAACUUUUAACUGUUCCACAAAGUGGAAAUAAAUAACAUGCACAUUCUCAUCACCUAGGUUAACUUUUGUCAAUUUUAUUGAAUUGUUCAGUUAUUUUUAAGUAACCAACAAAUAAUGCAUACGAAUCUCUUCAAAUGAAACGCGGCAAGGCAUUAAAAAAUUUUUUUUGCUGCUGGCACGCCUUAGAAAAUUAGCUGAUUUCCCAGUAUCAGCAUUUCACAGCCAACCUAGAUGACACUAUCUGGAUUCUUAAUCGAGAAUGGCUUUCCCCUCAAACAUUUGUUCUCGUGUGACUUGUUUGAUGAUGACAGUUGAUCCCCCAGGUUGGAGCUGGGGUGGUGGUGGUGGUGGUAAGUCAGCCUAGAAACUAUUAGAAAUUGUAGACCCGCAGCGGGGAGGGGUGUCCCCAAGGUAAUAAUCCACUAGUAUGCCUCUAGCAAUUUCUUUUUAGAGAUUUUCAAAAUACAGCCAAGUAGAGAAAACAGCAUGAGGAAUAUCCAUGUACCUGUCACUCUGACUCAACAGAGAUUCGGUUUCCUACCCUUCAUUUAUCUGUUCCCUUCCUGCACUCUUUAAAUCAGUAUAAUAAUAAACACAUUGAGAUUACAUCUUGUCACACUUACGUGCAGACAUCAAAGUGAUUGUCUAUUAUCUGUCCGACGAUGUGAGCUCCAUGAGAACAAAGACUGUUUACUGCGGUCUCCCCAAUACCUAAAGCAAUGCCUGUUUGGCACAUAGAUGGUGGUCAGUAAUUUUUGAUGUGUGAAUAAUGAAAGAACUUGAAUCUAGAGUGUUGUCUUAGAGCUGCUGGUAGAGAGUUCUACUUUCAAAAAAAAAAAAAUUAGACAGAUACAUUAAGUAUAUAAUAUAGCUGCCACUGUGAUUUAAAUAAAGAACUAUCACUACCUU